AUGGCACCCUGGAUCCUCGGCGAGAAAUUCAACACCGUUUACCCUCAUCAGGGCUCCAUCAAAGCCCUCUGGGAGACGAAGUGGAAAUUCGCGUGUGAGAAAUCGGUUUACCCAUUCCAUGACGGUGCUAUCGAGGACUUUAGGCCUAUUUUCCAGAAGCUUAUCGAGGAAAACAUCAACGAUGCCUACACCGAUGCCUACACGCAGGCAUUCUUCCCAAUUGCUGAAGCACUGGAGAACAAGGCUUCUGCUGCCUUGAACAACAACAAUGCUGAGAUGGCCUCCGAUCUCCUCCGGAGAGCCGCGGUUGUUUACCGGAUUUCGCGAUUCCCGUAUGUCGAUCCGACCAAAGACGACAUCAAGAAGGAGUCCUUCAACCGCCAAAAGAAGGUUUACCUGAAGUCGGCAUCUUUCUGGAAGCCCACGAUUCAGGAAGUGAUCAUUCCGCACAAGCACAAGUCGGGCGCUGAUGGAGCCCACGUCCCCUUGUUUGUCCGUGUCCCGGAACAUGCGACGGCGGAGAACCCCGUUCCUGUUGUGCUGUUGAUGACUGGGCUGGAUGGUUACCGCCCCGACAACAGCCAGCGUACCCACGAGAUUAUCGACCGUGGGUGGGCUACGGUUGUCUGUGAGAUCCCAGGUACCGCGGACUCCCCGGCGGACCCCAGUGACCCCGAAUCGGCGGAUCGUCUUUGGUCCACCGUGCUCGACUACAUGGCGACUCGUCCUGAGUUCGACAUGUCUCGUGUGGCUGGCUGGGGUCUGAGUGCCGGUGGUUUCUAUGCUAUUCGAGCUGCGCACACCCACCGUGAGCGAUUUGCAGGUCUUAUCGCUCACGGGCCGGGCUGCCAUUACUUCAUGGACCCUGAGUGGUUGAGCAGAGUCGACGACCACGAGUACCCAUUCUUGCUUACUCCCGCCUGGGCCAAGAAGUACGGCUACUCUGAUCCGGAAGAGUUCAAGAAGAACGGUCAAAAGAAGUUCUCCCUUCUCGAGACGGGCAUCCUGGACCAGCCCAGCACCAGACUCUUGCUUCUUAACGGUCGGGAUGACGGUGUGACCCCUAUCGAAGACUGCCUCCUGCUAUUCAACCACGGAAGCCCCAAGGAGGGAAGAUUCUACCACGGCCUCCCUCACAUGGGCUACCCUCACAGCCUGGCACCAUCGUACAAAUGGUUCGAGGACGUGUUGUCCUCUCCUCGUGAGAUGCUCAAGAACUGA